AUGUCUAAGUCCAGGUUUGAUAAGAAAAACUCUCAAAAGUUUGCAGUCGUUUAUAGACCUCACGACGAUCCAAAUUUUUAUAACGACGAUGCUGCGCAGCAUAUUUUGGUACCGGUAGGCAUACCAAGUCAGACCAAAGCGACUCGUAAAAGUCCAACUUCGGUAAAUCAAAAGAAGCUCAACGAGCAUAUGGGUGAAGCUAAACUGUAUGGGAUUAAAUUUGAUGAUUCGAACUAUGAUUACACGCAGCAUUUGAAACCUAUUGGGGAAGAUCCGAAUAACUCUGUAUUCAUUCCAUCCAAUAAAACGUCUGAUAAGGUUAAGAACACUAAGACGAAUAUUGAAGAUAUAAUGGUAGAGCCUCAAUACAAGCCUGAAUCAGUAAAGCCAGUUGAUUCGGUAUUUAUUAGAGGCGUAGCAAAGUUAGACUAUUUGGAGAAAAUGCAAGAUACGCCUGACAAGCUACGUGGAUUCCGUCCUGAUAUGAAUCCCGCAUUAAGGGAAGCUCUUGAGGCACUCGAUGAUGAUGAAUACGUUGUCAACGAUGAUAUUGUAGUAAAAAAUAAUGAGGAUGCGAUCUCGAGCAACGCAGGGGAGGACGACGAUAUUUUCGGUGAGCUAUUAGGUAGCGGUGUGGUCGAAGACAAUGAUGAAUUUGAAACAGGCUUUGACGAAUGGGACAUUGAGAACUUGGACGAGUUUGAAGAACAGCACUACCGCGAUGAGAUGGCUCAAUUCGACAAAGUAGAAACUCUGGGAGAUUUGCAUGAAAUUGACAUCGCAGCAGACGUGAGACGAUUUAAGCAACAACAAUCUAAACUGCACAGUGAUGACUGGGAUUCUGAUGAUAACUUUAGCGCCGCAGGAGCCGGCGAAGAAGACGAGACUCUGGACAGCUUGGGUGAGUUACCUUCCUUCAACAACAAACCUCAGAAGAACAGCAAGCGUAAAGAUCGUCGUAAGAAGGGCGCCAUGUCCGAUAUAUCCGGGUUUUCGAUGAGUUCCAGUGCAAUUGCAAGAACCGAAGUCAUGACAGUACUGGAUGAUCAAUAUGACCAAAUCAUUGGAGGUUACGAAAACUACGAGAAAGAGCUACAAGAAGAUGAAGAAAACUAUAAGCCGUUUGACAUGUCCAAUGAGCGUGCGGACUUUGAAAACCUCCUGGAUGACUUCCUUGACAAUUAUGAAUUAGAAAGCGGUGGUAGGAAGCUAGCAAAAAAGAAUGCAGAGAUGGAGAGAUUAAAAGAAGCAGCGGAUGAAGUUAGCAAAGGUAAACUUUCUAUGAAAAGAAAAAAUGAACGCAAAAAGCAGAAGCAAAUUGGAGAACUCACAGGUAAUCUGAAAAGUCUGAGGCUUUAA